UAUGAUGCAAAGACGCUUGAAACAAAAAGCUCGGGUGUGUGAGCUCGAGGAAGUUUUUGAAGACAGGUGUUCAGAAGGGCUGACGUGUACUGAGGUAAGCCCUAAAUAAGAAAAGGCGGUAAAAAUGGUAUGGGUUGGAUGUACGACACGUAACCAGAUCUGACGGUCGGGGUAGUGACUUUUGGACUACCCGCUCCUGUUGCCUAUAAAUACCCUCUCCACAUUUCAUUUUUCACUUUUUACUCUCAGUAAACUUCUCUUGCUAAUCGUCGGGAUCAGAACUUUGAGUUUUUAGGCGUCGACUUUAAGGUAAGACCUCGAGUUCUUAAGUUAUUCUUUAGGCACUUUUUUACCUAGGUCAGGAUGUCUACUAGUAGUAGUAGUGAGUCUUCGUCCUCCUCCUCGAGGAGUACUCUCGAGGACAAAGGAUGCUCGAUCAUACCUAUGGCCGUGCCUAUUAAUACCCAACCUCGAGCACAAAGUAUCCCUACCCCAUUUAAGUACCUAGAGGUUCCUUGUAAGUUUAAAGAGCAUCUAACAAUAUCAACGACUAGGGAGCACGGGCUCAUGCCGAAGUGUGAUAUUAGGACGCCAGGGGGAGAGGAUAGGAUGGCCUUUGCUCGGAAUGGAGAGUUGUAAUUUUUAGGGACUCACUAAAGGGUGGAUUUAGAUGGCCCCUGCACCCCUUCUUUGUGGCUUUAUUGGUCGAGCACAACAUGAGCCCUGGACAGCUCGUGCCAAAUGGGUGGAGGAUGCUCACCUAUUUUUUUUAUAGCCUGUAGAUACCUAGGAAUUAGCCCAUACAUCGAUCUUUGUAGAUUGGUCUUCGACUUGAAACAGCUACCUCAAUAUACUUGUUUUGCCUACCUUUCAUCUCGAGGAGGUUUUAGAGUACUGAGGAUGCCCAGUUCCUUAAAAGGGUGGAAAGAGAAGUGGUUUUAUGUCAUAAUUCAGGAUAGUGACUUUCCUUUUAGUCCUAGGUGGGUUUUGCCCGACACUACCAGGUUUUGUGAAGGCCAGGCCUAUUUUGAGUAUUUAGAAAGGCAUAGGGAAAUGUUAGAGAACCUUGAGCCUCUUGCCUAUGAUAUAGAUGACAUCCUCAGGGAUGACGUUCUUGAUCUUGCCGAUGUGAAAGGCACUGAGGGUAGGGAUCAUCCUUUUUGCCCUCUUCCUUAUCGAUCUGUCUUUGAAUGUAUAAUUGUGCUCAUGUUAAUGACUUGUUUUUGUAUAGAUGACUUUCGAUCCUUCAGCCCUUAGACAGGCUGUGAAUAAAAAGUCCAAGGCCCCUCAGACUCGAGCUCCAGGUCAAAAAAGAGGGAAGAAGAGAGCUCGUGAUUCAGGCCUCGAGAAUAUUAGGAGUGUGCCAGGGGAACCUUUUGCCCAAGGACAAUCACCGAUCAUUCAGGAUCAUGAAACUCCUAUUGCCCCUCCUCGGUCAAGGAGUACCCCCGAAGUUGUUGACCUUGAGUAUGAGGUCCCUCCUGUGCCUUCAUUCCAAAAUCGAGAUCCUGAUUGGUGUCCUCUGGUGUCGAGCAUCGUGGACAUAUAUCGAAAGGACCUUGGCUUUGAUAAGGGCAUGAAAGCUCUUGAAUCCCUUACGCUGAAGACUCUGAGUAUUGCUCGAGGCCUCUCUCUGAAAGGGAAAGAUGAGGCACAGAAAAUUGCUGAGCUCAAGGAUACUUCUCGAGCAUAUGAGAAGAGGAUUGCUGACAUGGAGGCUGAGACUCAUUCUCCAGGGGGAGCGCGAUGACGCGAAGAACGACCUUCAGAGAGCUCGGGAAGAGGCUAGAGUGGCCAAGGAUUUAAAGCUUGAAAUCGAGCGUUUGAAGAAGAAUUUUGAAACUCACCUGACUGAAGCUCGAGGCAUUGCGAUCGAAGAUUUCAAAAAGUUCGAGGAGUUCAGCGGGCUGAAGGGGGAGUACGCCAUGGGCUCGUACUUCCACGCUUUGAAAGAGGCUCGAGCAUUUUUACAGUCGAAGCCUGACGCAAAGCCCGAGGAUUUAAAGAGCAUCCCUGAGGUUACUGAAGAUCUCAAGCUUUUAGAGUCCGAGGAUACCGUCGAGGACCAGGAGGUCGACAUUGAAGGCGAGGACGUGGCGGAAAAGCAAGGAAGCACAGCCUCGGGAGAAAGAGCCGAGGACCUAGAUUAGUUUCUGUUUUCCUUUUUGGAUACUUUUGGCAAGUACUUGAUUAAUCAGUUGUUGAAAUUAAUGUAUU